UGCAGCCUACCGAUGGCAAGUUCCAGCUCGCCGAUGACGAUUUGUACCAAUACGACGGUACUCUGUGGGCUGUCGGUUUACCUGUCGAUUGUAUCAACUUGGCCAUGAAUGAAGGCAACCCCUCCCAAGAUCUCAAGCUCUGUUUUGCCGGCAGCACUGAUAUCCGGAGCCUUGUGGCUAGCAUCGACAAUCUGCCAGACGACUACACAGGAAGAUUAGACGUCAUCUUACAAGAUCAGAAUUCCCUCUACGCCAAUAGGAACCUCAUUAUUCUCUUCACCCUACUAUCUAGCGAUCUUCCUGUCGACGAUGCUGUUGAACUUGCCAUCCACCUGUGGUAUUCGUCGGCACUCACAAAACCCAUGGCAUCCGCUUACUAUCAGUGCCUCAAGCGCAUCUUUGGAUCUUAUGAACACUACGAUCUAAUUAAGCCAUUUACCUUGCGUUCUGGGGAGCUCUGGAAGCCGAAAUUCGCACUGCGCGGGGCGGGCAGUCUUUCCGUCCAAGUGGACGUCGCUUCUGUAAAAAGAACUUUGGAAAUGUGUCUGUCUGAAUAUACUUUUGAGAAGGCUCGUCGGAAUAUGACCAGGUCUAUGCACCACCCGAAACGCAAGGACGUUGUCGAUCGCCUGAUGGUACCGCUCGAGGGGAUACCUCAUACCAUCGAAUUCAAUCGACCUAAUCAGCUAUUGUAUACCGAGUCCGCAAAUUGGCUUGUUCGCCAUACUGCCGACCCUAUGUACGGCUGGGACGUUGACAAAGUCCGGAAGACUGGCGAAGACCUGGAUUUACUCCCCAGCGACCUUUAUGAGGCCCUGUACUUUCAUGUCAAGGAUCAGCUCAAGACCUUUGUCACUCGCACUCAACAACUCAACAUCAAUAUCACUGUCGUAUCCUGCAUGUCAGGUCAAUUCCCUGGCAUGAUUUCGAACGGCAAUUAUGGAAUCACAACCUUCGACCGUAUCGAUGUAAGGCGUCAAGCCGACCCAGACAAUGUCAAACCAACUUUGCAGAAUUGGGGUCCACUUCUCAACCACGAGAAUCCGCAUGCGAGUCUCCUUGUGUUCUUCCACGAAUGGACCACUGAGGAGCCGACUGGAAACCACGACAAUGCUGACGGUGAAAAGCAGACACAAAUGCUGAUCAACUGCGCGAGCGCCUUGGGAUUAGACUUCCGGAAGGUUGGCCGAGACGGCCCCAGAUCACCUGACUUCCUUUACAUGAUGGAAUGCAUUGGCAUCUGGCACGAUACAACAGCGCCUUUCAAGAAAUUCCUGAACGAUAAGGGCGCACAUGAAGCCGCCGCUUCUGUUGGUUUGAAAAUCAGAGAAACGAAUCGCGUUCAUCCUGCCGGCUACGGAAUACCCCUUGCUUCCCCGAAGACAGACCUACAAGAUAUCACCAAAGAGGAAGUCUAUAACACAUGUACCCUGGGGAGUGCCGACUAUUCGAUGCGGCUCGCAGAGUCUCUAAUGUACAUGGUGUUUGUACGAAUGCAUGGGUUUGUUCUGACGAAAGGCUUCCGUUCUGGCACCCGUUUCCUAAUCGAAGACCCAUGCAGCAGCCCCAAUGUCAAACCCACGACAGCCACCCGACCGUUGUCGACCAACCUCAGCGAACAUCGCGGACUGGAGAAGCUCAGGGGCCAUUCUGAGUCCCGUCGCGAAGGCACUCGGUCUAUCUCCCUUCAUCACGUAAUGGCUGCACCUCGCCUCCUUCUCGGCCGGAUUCCAUUCUUCCCGCAACACCGCGGCGUCGCGUUCUUAGGUGCCUUAUCCAGUCCCAAAAUCGACGCUCUGUCCAGGAUGUUUGGGGAUUACCGGCUAUAUCGCGAGGUGCUCUCCAGAGUAACGCGGCCUAUAUUCUCUAUCACGAACCAACUUCACCCGGAGACUGCUGCCAGCGACAUCUCCUUGGAAUCGUACAUGGCUUACGGCCUAGGGUCGGGUAUUAACGGUCGAUUGGUUUUUGAAGUUCCGUGCAGCAACGCUGUGAACCGAGGGAGUGGGAGCGAUUGUAUAAACAAUGGACUCCUGGCAUGCUCGCAGGGUUGCCUCGUCAAGGACUGCUCUGAGCGGUGCCAGAGACAGCAUUGGCCCAAGCACCGCCUUGACUGCGAACACCCAUACCUCAACCCUGCAUGGGAACCCGAAUGGAUGCUACACAAACGAGAGCCCUUGUUUGCCGAUUCUCGUUUUCUGCCCCCUUCGUCUUCAAGUGAUGCAUACAAAAAUCCAGGAUACCCGGCUUACGACUGUCUUCGGUUACAAUACAACGAGAGAGAAGCGGCUCUCGACAAGGAUUUGAAGAUAUGCAUGGCAGGUGCUGGUGACAUCCAUAACCUCGUUGAACUUGUGAAUAGCCUGCCAGAUGAAUAUGCCGGAAAGCUUGACAUACUCCUCAACAAUAGUCAUGCUGUUGUUCUCAAUCGGAUGUUGGUCAUCCUCUGUGUCCUCCUCACUCCGGGACCUUCAAUCGACGAAUCGGCUGAAGUUGCGAUGCAUCUCAUGUGUUCAGCCUUUCUACCGGACUCAGCUGCAGCAUACAUGCGACAUUGCGUAGACCUCAUCUACGGGAAAGACUUCAACGAACGCGACAUGUCCUUCCAAACGACCCUGAAGACCCGAGGUCGAGGAAAACUUUACUCUGCCCAGCCUUCAGCUAGUAUCAAGAAGCCUCUCGAGCUGUUCUCUUCAACAUAUGGCAUAAGACGUUGUGCAUGCUUCGACCUGCCCAUCGCCUUGCGCUCGAACGUUUCUGGAAAACAGGCAUCCUGGUCCCCGUUUCCUCUCGAUACAACACCUUUCAAGUCGCCUAAUAGGUUGAUGUACACACCGCAAGGAGACUGGAUAGGCCUCAGUAGCAACGUCAACCCGCUUCACGGAUGGGACAUGUCUGCCGUACGACGAACAGGCCUACAGCACGGCGUCGACCCAUCCGGCGAUAUUCUCGGCGCGCUCUUCUUCCACAUCAAAUCCGAGCUUCGAGAGUUCUGCCUGCGUAUCAAGGAGUACAACAUCAGUAUUCACCUCCUCCAGUACGACUCGCGCCUCAUCUCGAAAGGGAUCUCCAUCGGUGUCCUACCUGCGUUUUCUGAAGCCUCCUUCGACCGCAUCGACGUGGGUGAUCUGGGAGACCAGAUUGGUGUCGCUGAGUGCCUAGGGGAUUGGGGCCCGCUCCUGAACAAGAAGAAUAAACAUGCGUGCCUCGUUAUGCACUCGAAGAAGUGGCAUGAAAAUUCGCCACACAGGAUAGCGCGCAAUAACCCGCGGGCUGGUAAGAUUCUGAUGGAGCGGUGCCAGAGCCAACCUCACCUCGAGUCCAGACUCAAGACUUUCUUCAAGAAUCCACAUUCUCCAUCCGUCGCUCGGCUGAUGGCCUCCUUAGAUGCGUUCGUCGAUCAUGAGGAAGCCUUCUUGGACUACCUAGAAGCACAGGAGGCACAGGCAACGGCCGCGAGCCUGGGCCUGACUCUUCGCGAAGUGCACUCUGUUCAUCCCAAGCGGGUUGGCGUGCCUUUAUGGGCUGAGCGCCAGAUCCUUCCAAACCUGUCGAAAGAUGAUUUUUAUGACCUAUGUACUCUUGGGGGGGCGGACCUUACGCUGCGUUUCGCGGAAUUUGAAUGCAGCUCGUUUCUUGCUUGAC